AUGAAUCUGAUUACCGCCUCCCUGCUGCUUGUCAUGCCGACCGCCGAAGACGCUUUUUGGUUGCUCACAACGAUCAUUGAGAAUGUUCUUCCCCAACACUACUACGAUCAUUCACUCCUAGCCUCCCGCGCAGACCAGCAAGUCCUGCGCCAAUACGUUGCUGCAGUCCUACCCAAGCUCUCUGCACAUUUGGAUGAAUUAGGAAUCGAACUGGAAGCGCUAACCUUCCAAUGGUUCCUCUCAGUCUUCACUGACUGUCUCUCCGCCGAAGCGCUUUUCCGUGUCUGGGAUGUCAUCUUUUGCUUCAAUGACGGCAGCACCUUUCUCUUCCAAAUUGCUCUAGCCUUGCUCAAGUUGAAUGAACCCCAGCUACUAGAAUGCGACAGCGCCGCCAGAGUCUACGGCUACAUUGGUAACGAGAUGACAGAUCAUGCGAUCAGUAUCGAUGGGCUUAUUGGAGCUAGUGAGGCGUUGAAGAAGGUAGUCCAGAGGAGUGAAGUAGAGGAGAGGCGAUAUAAGGCUGUGGAAGAGGAGAGGGAUAGGGAGAAGGGGAGGACGAGGGGAAGCAGUGGUGCUAGUGAGGCGGUCAGCAGUGGGACCAGUGGAGGACAGCUGAGUUUCCAGGAGCCGAGGCCUUUUUUCGAAGGGGAGGAAAUGAUCAAGUGA